UCUCAAAGCUGUUUAAAUGAGAAUGUCCCUGGCGCAAAGAGUACUACUGACAUGGCUUUUUACGUUACUCUUCCUGAUCAUGCUGGUGCUGAAGUUGGAUGAGAAAGCGCCAUGGAACUGGUUCCUCAUUUUUAUUCCAGUCUGGAUAUUUGAUACUAUUCUUCUAGUUAUGUUAAUUGUAAAAAUGGCUGGACGUUGCAAGUCUGGCUUUGACCCUCGCAAUGGCUCCCAAAACAUCAAGAAAAAAGCCUGGUAUCUCAUUGCAAUGCUGCUUAAGUUAGCCUUCUGCCUUGCCCUCUGUGCUAAACUGCAACGAUUUACUACAAUGAAACUAGCCUAUGUAUUCAUCCCUUUGUGGGCCUUGCUUGUUGGGGGUAUGGUUGAACUUGGAUAUAAUAUCUUCUAUGUACGAAGAGACUAAGCUAUACUAUGUGGUUUUCAAUACUGAGAUUGGUACCAAAUUACUGGAUUAUUAGAGUUUUGCCACAAACUUAAAUCUCCAAAUUAGAACACCAAGUAAGAAAUCAAUCAAGCUAGAGACUAUCUAAAAGAGACUGAAGACUGAAAGUCAAGUUGUUCCCUUUUUUUAUUUUAAAACUGUCAUGUAUGCUCUUGUAAAUAAAGUAUUUGUUCA